AUGUCUCGCGCCACUGUUUUAUUUAUAAUUCUUGCCAAUCUUAUGAUAACUGUUAUUGCAACAACUAUUGUAAUUAACGUUGGGGAAGAUAAUAAAAAUCAAUUUGUUCCUAAUACCGUCAAUGCUACUAAAGACGAUGUG